CACAAACAAGGACAGACAGACACACAUACACAACAAAAAAAGAGCAGAGAACUUCCCCCUGCGCCGCGCUGCGCCGCGUUCCGGCUGAAAGAUGUCUGAGGCCGCUGCCCAGUGUUGCAUCAAGCAGGAAAGAAUUUCCUACACACCUCCAGCGAGCCCGGUACCAAAUCACACUUCCUCGACACCACUACAUGUCCCAGUGCCUCGAGCAAUCAGGAUGGAGGAAGACACGAUCAGACUGCCAGCACACCUGCGUUUGCAGCCCGUUUACUGGAGCAGGGAUGAUGUGGCACAGUGGCUCAGAUGGGCAGAGAAGGAGUUUUCCUUGAGGCCGAUUGAGAGCAACACUUUUGAGAUGAAUGGCAAGGCUCUGCUGCUCCUGACCAAAGAGGACUUUCGAUACAGGUCUCCUCAUUCAGGCGAUGUUCUGUAUGAACUCCUUCAGAAUAUCCUGAAGCAAAGGAAAGCUCGUAUGCUUUUCCCACCUUUUUUCCACCCUGGGAACUCAAUCCAUGCUCAGCCAGAGGUCCUAUUACACCAGAACCAUGAUGAAGAUAGCUUUGUCCAGAGACCUUCAAGACCAUCUACAGAAACAGUCCACCACAAUACCCCAACCAUUGAACUGUUGCAUCGUUCUAGAUCACCCAUCACCAACAACCACCGUCCAUCACCAGACCCCGAUCAGUGGCCACUGAAGUCCCCUAUGGACAACACUAUCCGUCGCCUCUCCCCAGCUGACAGGGUGCCAGGGUCAAGGCAUCAGCAAGAGAACAACCACCAGGAGCCCUAUCCUCUCUCAGUCUCCCCAGUAGAAAACAACCACUGCCCACCUCCUCCUGAGGUGCUCCAGAAGCCCUCCAGCCCUCGCCAGGAGAACACCAGGGUCAUCCAGCUGAUGCCGAGCCCUAUCAUGCAUCCUUUGAUACUGAACCCCAGGCACUCCGAUUUCAAACCCCCAAGGUUGUCUGAGGAUGGGCUGCACAGGGAGGUAAAGCCAAUCAACUUGUCCCACCGAGAAGAGUUAGCUUACAUGAACCACAUCAUGGUGUCUGUAUCCCCUCCUGAGGACCAUGCAAUGCCAAUUGGAAGAAUAGCAGACUGUAGGCUGCUUUGGGAUUAUGUUUAUCAGCUGCUUUCUGACAGCCGGUACGAAAAUUUCAUCCGAUGGGAAGAUAAGGAAUCCAAAAUAUUUCGGAUAGUGGAUCCCAAUGGGCUGGCCCGGCUGUGGGGAAACCACAAGAACAGAACAAAUAUGACUUAUGAGAAAAUGUCCAGAGCCCUACGCCACUACUACAAACUAAAUAUUAUCCGGAAGGAGCCAGGACAAAGGCUUUUGUUCAGGUUCAUGAAGACACCAGAUGAGAUUAUGAGUGGCAGAACAGACCGCCUCGAGCACCUUGAGUCCCAGGAACUGGAUGAACAAACAUACCAAGAAGAUGAGUGCUGAAGGGAACUGGUGCACCGCCUCUGUGUGUCCACGGGAGAAACAUCUGCCUGGAUGGCUGGCACAGUUUGGGAGGAGAAGCAACAACACAGAAGCAGUACUUGUGGUCUCCACUUAUCUUGAAGACCAUGCAGGACCUGAAGCACCUUAACAAAACAAACUAACAGGCAGAAGUGGUGCUGGCAGAAAAGUAAAGGGGAGAAAGCCUGGACUUAUGCACUACUUCACUGUUCCUACAGAGUCUCCCUUGAGUUCUUUCUUUCUUUUUGGUUUCUUUUUUUGUUUGUUUUUCUUUUUUGUUGUUGUUGUUGGAUUUGUUUUUUCCCCCCUAAUAAACAUGCAGUUUGAUUUUCCUUAUCUCACAUAGGACAAGACAUCAGAUUAUGCUUUUUUGGGGGGAAGGCUUUCCUAUGGAAAUAGAGUGCUCUUAUUUUCUGUGCAAGUCUCAUGACGUAACACUGCAUAAAACAAUAGCAACACAGGAGGGAUUUGCUCAAGGGUUCCAGUUUGCUUAGAUCAAUGUAUAUGUGCUGUGACUGGGAAUUGUGUUGAAGCUACCAAAAGAAUUUACCACACGUCUGUCAAAUGAAGAGGAGUCACCCUUCAUGUAUUGGCUGGGAUAGCAUCCCAGUAUAGUUUGGGCUCAUGAGUCCUGCACGUGGCUAUUGACUGCUGGCAUAUGGACCAAAACCAAUCACCUAAGUGCUCUAGGGAGGAGAAAAAUAAAUGUGACAAACCUCUGCAAUAGACUGAUGUUGACAUUGUCCCUCCCUCUAGCAAAGAAGUGACAGAAUGGAGUUGGGGGGAGAGGGGUAGGGACAAAUAUAAAUAUAUAUGUAUAUAAAGAAAAACAUUUCAUAUAUAUAUAUAUUUAUAUGUAAACCCCACAAUAUAUGCACAAAGCAGAAUUUCAGCUCAAAGUCUUUGAUAAAAAAGCAAAGGCUGAAACAUCUGAAAUUACGAAAGGGAUUUUUUUUUCUUAUACCUGCUAGCAAUUUGGGGGUGAAAGUUGAAGGACUGUUCUUACAUCUUAAGGACAAUGCAAAGGGACCCAUCAUAUGGUUUGUACUACUCAGAAACUACUCCAGGAUCUUUUUGUGCCAUUGGAGAGGUAGAUGAUUCACCAGUCUAAAAACUGAUGGUAGAGAACUAGAGACCAAAUAGCUAUACUGAUACCUUGGAAUUGAUUUUGGCUUUGUUUGUUUAUGCCUCUCACAACUCUUCCCCACCCCACAGCUUUGCCAUCCAGGAAUCUUGUCUCAACUUGCCUGUUUUUAACAUAAUUUAAAAGACCAGAAAAAAAGAAACCCUAGAUCCAUGUUUCUUUCUUGGGUUGUUUUUGUUCUUUGCCAGGUACCCUGUUUUUUACACCUCUGAUUUGGUUUGCAUCAUGAGGGUGCUUUGCAUGAGGCAAAAAGCCACUCCUAGUUUGGUUGCCAGAAGCUCAGCAGCCCUUAAUGUCUGAUUCUAGACAAACUACUGGCCUUUUUCAUUUCACGUUGCUUGGGCUAUCGUGACAGGGAAGUUUGUGGUGUCCAGCUAUCCAGCAGCAGUGGGCCUUUUAAUGGGAAUAAUACCUAGCAGCAGAAAGGAUAUUUGCAAAGGGAGAAGAUACGCAGAGAAACUGUGCAGGAAUCACAUGAUAUCUGGAAGAAAUCAAGUCCACAACAGUUCAUUAAAUACAGAGAACCUCUUUAUGGGAACAUGAAUACUAGAAAUGGGGAAAAAAAUGGUGGGUUAAUCUAAUCCAUUCCUACCAAAAAAACAAGGUACAUUUCCAUGGUAGCACUUCUAUCAGCUAUUCUACUAACAUGAUUUUUAAUCUUACCCUAUACUUAACAAGAGUAAUUUAUCCAGAAAAAAAAAAAAAAAAUAGUACUUGGCAAUGAAUAGUGGCCUGUAUGUUUAAAUAGAGAUAGUCCAAGCUCACAAAAGACUUUAUUGAGUCACAACUUUAGAAGGAAAGGCUUUGUUAAGGGCAAAGAUAGGCAUCAUACAAUGAAGAGAGAUUUUUCAGAGCCAGUAUCUGAUGAGGAACAACGGAGCAUACAUCUUUCCCUGAGCUUUUCCCAGCCACAUUUUUUUAUUAUGUUAUAGUCAAUAUUAUAAGUCCCAGCACACCAAGUGCUUGACUUUUUUUGCCUCUAAAGAAAAGAUGCAGGAGUGUGCAUAGGAAAGAUGAGCAGAUGACCUGUCACUGCCAUGACUCUGAAGUACUUAGAGCUCAUAAGGUGUGAGACACAGGGAUCCUGGUGCUCAAAGGCCUGAAACCAAAUGUUCCUUGAAACCAAGGGGCCAAGGUGAUACCUUGCUCAGUCACCUUGUUCAAGGGCACCCAAGUUGAGGCUGUGCCUCUAGCUGGAGUGAAGAGGGUGCUGCUGUGUGUCCUCUCUCUUAACAUGUAGCGUGGAGGGAAUUGGGACGUGUUUUCCUGGGGUGGUCAAAAAUAAUUCAGAGGAGAUUGUGAAUGAGAGAUGAAGUGGGAACACCAGAACUGUCAAUGUAAAGGAAGUCUCUUGCUGGUUUCUUCUGUUUCUUAGGAUGUUCAGCAGUAGAAAGAAGCACAGUUUGCACUGAACAAUUCAUGUCCAUUACUGCUUGGGCUGUGGUGCCUGCAUGCACUGCAUUAUUUUCUUUCUCCUGCUCCAGCUACUGUUAAGAUGCUGGGUAAAAAAAAGACAAUAGAAAGCUUCUAUUUAAAGUGCUUUCUGAGCCACGUGAUUUUGUCAUGGUCAAGGUGCACAAUGCAAAACAUAGGAAACUUGAGAUAAUCAGUCCAUCAGUGUAAGCCCAUAUGCUCACCAUGUAUGCUAGCAAAAAGUUUGUCUUCAGCACUGUGUAAGGCAAGAAGAAGCAAGGACUCCUGAAAUUCCAUGUGUCGCCCCAUAGGUAAAAUCUGUAGGGGAAAUUUGGUGCAGGAAAUAAUCAACUUUACCAAAAAUGCAGUCAUUUGCACCUGCAGAAUCUAAGUCAAAGGAAAAAGAUUAUUUUUGCUGACUGUCAGGAACUACCUUCCAGUUCACACACAAAGGACAUCUUAGUCCAACUUCUUCUCCACUGCAGCUGUAGGUUUCUCUGGAGGUUCAGGCCGGUCUGGAUCAGGCUGUUCCCACAGAGUUGCAUCCUGGCAGGUCCUGCCCCUGGUGCUGUGGGGAGGAGCACGGGCACCAGAGGUGUGGGUGAUGCUGCUACUGCACAUGCUGCAGGGGGCUCGGGACGUGGUGAGGGACCUGCAGGGUACAAACUGCUCCUUGGGGUCUUGUCAGCAAGUUUAUCAGCUGUGACUACAAAAAUAAAAAUAACUAAGAAUAAAAACAGGCUGCAGCAGCUGCAGUAAGCAGAUUCCCCUCUACCUCACUUCCUGGUGGCAGAUCCGUGGAGCCCAAAUAGAGCAUUCCCAUGCUGAGCUACAGGAACACUGGGCUGCCUUUGUGGGCUUAGCAAAGGCAACAUCAUCUUUCCACCAGCCCUGACACCUGCCUCCUCUCCCCAGCUACUGAUUUCCCAGUGUAGAUUUGCCAGCAGCACAGAAGCCAAACUUUCUGCCUUUCCCACUAAAACGAGCAGGAAAAGGGAGAAAGAGCCCAAGAAAUGCCCAGCAAAGGAUCUCCACACCUUACAGUUUGGUGGGACCUCUGGUGCCUUCAGCUUGCUGCAAGGCUGAACAAGGCACAAGCAGUCAGGUAGGACAUGCUGCAGCUCCACAACAAAACAUUUUCUGGCUUGACAUUGGAAACCUUUUGACCGCCUCUCCAUCCUACAAACACUACUGAGGCCCUUCCUGUGAACACUACGCUGCUGCUACCGUCAUCAGGUGCAUGCAUGCAAUCCAUGCAUGCAUUCUCCAGAUCUCUUUGUCAGACUGCAACCCUGUGCAAAUCAAGAAUGCAUCAGGUUUUUUUGUUUGUUUGUUUUUUAAUAAAAUUCUAGUCUUUUUAUUGAUGGUGGCUUUUUGGUUUUUUAAGGUGUGGGGUUAAGGGACUGAAUCAAAUGAAUGUAACAAAACAAAAACAAA